GAGAACCAGGGCCUGAUGCGCCGCAUGUACGGCGAUAUCAAACACAUCUCUGUCCUGCGCUCAGAGAUUGAGAACAACGACAUCGAGAUCUCGGACAUAGAGCUGGCUGCAGCCAGAUAUUCCCGCCACGCCGACAGGAAGUCGAAGUAUCUCUACAGCGACUACCAGAGUUCACUGAGUGGCAAAGGGAAUGACGUUGUGUUCACAGAGCCACACUUUCGGCCCACGUCGACAACCAAAUCAACCACCUCAACAACAACCGAAAUGCCCUCGAGUCAACACAACUCUGCUGAUCGCUUCAGAGACAAGUAUGACAUCGUCAAUAUUGAUGACGAAGCGGACAUCAACAGUGUUUAUGAGAAUGUCACAGAAGAGGACCAACUUGACUCCAUCAAGAUCGUCCAAGCGCCCAAUCUUUCCAACUCCACUGCGGAAUCCUCAACCAUUUCAAGCAUCCUCAAAAUCACAAAAUCAGACGCUGAAGAUUUCACCACAAAUACCUUCACUUUUGCCGAUAGCGACAACUUCCGAACGGACUCGCCACUUAAGAUUGACGAUCGUGUGGAUGAGGAUGUGGCAUUUGAGGAGGAAAGUGAGGGAAUUUUGGAUAUAAAAUCAACUAUAAAGCAAAACGAUGCCACAGCCAACUAUUUCGGAACUACCAAGCCUGAUCUCAAUAAGAAGUCAACAGCAAAACCCCUGGAAAGUCAACUCUUCCAAGAUGCCGUGCAAAAAGAACAGCCUAUCGUGAAUUCCAGAGGAGUGAAUGCCUGUCCUGUGAAGGAGGAAGUCGUUGCUCCGUUUUGGGCCAACAACACCCGUGGCGAAGUCCUGGCGCUGCUCAAUCUCUACCCAUUUGAGCAGUACGUCCACUGGGAGAAGUGCACACACGAGCAUAAGCAGAUGUACUGCCGCGAGGGAUGUCGUUGUGAGCAACAGUAUCGCCUGCACAGACUCCUCGCCUACGAUCCGCACAACGAGUGCCGCGGCAUCUUCUCCGACUGGUUCCGCUUUCCCUCCUGCUGCAUCUGCAAGUGCUACGAUAUUCCCGGGGAAUAUCGCGUGACGUCGCGCAGUCCACGAUCGCCAAUUCUCAAAUCCAUCGAGAGAGCGGAAAACGAACUGCAGAGGGCAAUUUAUGGACACGCGACUGAGAACUGGUAUCGCCAUCACAUAGACGAAGGGCUCCACGAUGAGUUUGACUAGCAAUUUCGAGUGUGAGACUCUUUAUUCAGGAAUGCUAGUCGAUUUGUUAAGAGAAAAACAACUGAGAGCCCACCCAAUCGUUAUUGAAGAAAAGAAAAACAAUGUUCUGCUGAAGUUAGUGGUAUAAAAAUUCCUCAUAGACUCUUUAUUCAGCUCAAAGUCAAAAAAUCAUUCGCAUUUCACUGCU